GUUAAUUAUUCAAAAGACAUGUUUGCCGACGCUUUAAAGGUUCCAAUUUGGGGAACCAGGGUAGUCAGAUAAGUGUGUGUGUGUGUGUGUGAGGAAAGUUGGUGUUUUCUUGCAGUCAUGGCUAAAUUGGUGGAAUGUGUGCCCAAUUUCUCAGAGGGGCGAAACAAGGAGGUCAUUGACGCCAUAGCCAAUGCCAUCUCGGCCACGGAGGGCUGCAGCUUGCUGGACGUCGAUCCAGGGUCUUCAACAAACAGGACUGUGUACACUUUUGUGGGCCCACCUGAGGCUGUAAUUGAGGGGGCUCUGAACGCUGCACGUGUUGCGUUUAAACUCAUAGACAUGACCAAACACUCAGGUGAACACCCUCGCAUGGGUGCAAUGGACGUGUGUCCCUUCAUACCGGUGCAGAACGUCACCAUGGGGGAGUGUGUACAGUGUGCCAGUGAAUUUGGCCAGAGAUUGUCAGACAUGCUGCAUGUGCCAGUCUAUCUCUAUGGAGAGGCAGCUAGAAAAGAAAGCAGAAGGUCACUUCCCUCCGUCCGUGCAGGGGAAUACGAGGCAUUACCGGAGAAGUUGAAAAAAGCCGAAUGGGCCCCUGAAUAUGGUCCUGCCACCUUCGUCCCCUCUUGGGGCGCCACGGUCACUGGCGCCCGAAAGUUUCUCAUCGCCUACAACGUGAACCUUCUGAGCACAAAGGAACAGGCUCACAGAAUCGCACUGGAUAUUAGAGAACAGGGCCGUGGCAAAGAUCAACCCGGGCUUCUUAAAAAGGUCCAGGGAAUGGGAUGGUACCUGGAAGAGGUCAACCUGGCACAAGUGUCCACCAACAUCCUGGACUUUGAGUUGACACCCAUGCACAUGGUGUAUGAGGAGAUCUGUAGAGAUGCCAAGGAUUUGAACCUGCCAGUGGUGGGGUCUCAGAUAGUCGGCCUGAUUCCUCUGAAGGCGAUCCUGGACUGUGCAGACUUCUACAUCCAGAGAGAAAAGCUGUUCGUUGUGGAAGAGGAGCAUAAAAUCCGACUGGUUAUCAGCAAACUAGGACUCGACUCUUUGGGGUCAUUUGUUCCAAAGGAGAGAAUUAUAGAGUAUAUGGUACAGGACAAUCAGGGCGAUGGGCGGCUUGUGUCUCUGUCCCUGCAGAAGUUUGUCCACAGCGUUGGGGCCAGAACAGCGGCUCCUGGUGGAGGGUCUGUUUCUGCUGCAAUCGCUGCUAUGGGUGCGGCUCUGGGCUGCAUGGUCGGUCAGAUGACAUAUGGAAAGAGGCAGUUUGAGUCUUUGGAUGCAGAGAUGAGGAAACUUAUCCCUCCAUUUCAUGAAGCCAUGAACGAUUUAUUGUUAAAGGUGGACGCUGAUUCAACGGCCUUUAACUGCUACAUGGCCGCCCUGAAAUUACCCAAGGGCACGGCAGAUGAAAUCAAAAGGAGGGAAGAAGCUAUGCAGGAGGGUCUGAAGGCGGCGGUGGGCGUCCCUCUGUCCCUGGCAGAGAGAAUAAACACACUGUGGCCGGUUCUCAAAGAGAUGGUCAAGUACGGAAACGUGGCAUGUAAAUCAGACAUUCAGGUAGCAGCUAAAGCUUUGGAAACAGCAGUAUAUGGAGCAUAUUACAACGUCAUUAUAAACCUGAAGGACAUCACAGAUGCUUCAUUCAGAGCUGCUACUGAAGCGAAAAUGUCUGUGCUGUUAAAGAACGCCAGAGAAAAUGCCAAUGUAGCACUGCAGACGGCUGACCAGAGGAAAUGAUGACACAGUCUGAACAGAUGGUCAGACAGUAACUUACAAAAGAUCAAAUAAAGACACUGAGCUGAACACA